GUGUCCCUCGGACGCAGCGGAUCACCAAUCAACAAAAAGAGCCGAAGAUGUCGGCUCCGUCAUGUGAUCAGCUGUGUCCAAUCACAGCUGAUCACAUGCCCUGAUGAUCUGUGUAGCCCCAGCAGUGCCACCUGUCAGUGUCCAUCAGUGCCAGCUGUCAGUGCUCAUCCAUGCCACCUGCCAGUGCCCAUCAGUGUCACAUCAAUGCUACAUAUCAGUGCCUACCAGUGCACAUCAAUGCCAAAUACCACUGCCCAUCUGAGCUGCCUUUCAGUGUCACCCAUCAGUGCCAGUCAGUGUCGCCCAUCAGUGCCACCAGUGCCACCUAACAGUGCCCGUCAGUGCCGCCUAUCAGUGUCAUAUGAGUGCUGCCUUUCAGUGCCCAUCAGUGAUGCCUGUCAAUGCCCAUCAGUGCCACCUACCAGUGCCUCCUCAUCAGUGCCACCUAUCAGUGCAGCCUAUCAGUGCCCAUCAGUGCAGCCUCAUUAGCGCACAUCAGUGAAGGAGAAAAAAAUCACUUAUUUACAAAAUUUUAUAA